AAGUGGAGGGUGCGCUUGGCGGCGGCGGCGGGAGCUGCGGAGUCGGGAAUCAAAACAAAGGGCCUGGGGGGUGGGGGGGAAGGCGGCGGGGUCGGAAUGUGAGCCGAGAAGGAGCUGGCAGCUGAGGGUGGAAGAAUGAGAGAAAAGAAAGAUGAAAGAAUGUUGAACCACGUUGUCUGGCGAUGUGAUGGAAGGGAACGGGACUGAGAACUCUUGCAACAGAACACUUAGAUGGCUUCACCAAGAUAAUGAUGCUAAGCCAUGGCUUUGGAAAUUCUCUGGUUGCUUUUCUCGUCCUGAACAGACAUUGCCUCUUAGUCCCCAAACGAAAGAGUACAUGGAGAACAAGAAAGCUGCUGUGGAGUUAAAGGAUAUACCAUCUCCUCUUCAUGUUGGCUCUAAACUUUUCCCAGCAGUCCCACUUCCUGAUAUUCAUUCUCUUCAGCAACCAAAAGUACAGCUGUCAGCUGUUCCCAAAGUAAGCUGCUGUGUUCAUUGCCCUAAUGAACCCUCCACUUCGCCCAUGCGUUUUGAUGGUGGUGGUGGCAGUAGUGGAGGUUCUGGAAACUUGAUUCACGCGGGCUCACUCUUAGACUCACCAAGCACCAGGACUGUCACAUGUCAAGUAGGGUCAGGGUUUGCUUUCCAGUCUGUGUCUUCACUGCAGAAUGCUUCUGCUAGAAACAACUUGGUGGGCCUUGCGAGUGGCUUUCCCAGCAUGUCUGUAGAGAGUAACCUACCUUCCUGCAAGCACCUACCAUGUUGUGGGAAGCUCCAUUUCCAGUCAUGUCACAGUAACAUGCACAAGCUGCAUCAGUUCCCGACUCUCCAGGGCUGCUCCUCUGCUGGCCUUUUCCCCUGUUCUGAUUUCCCAAGUGGGGCUCGAGGGCGUUUGGAAGAUCGCCUUUCCCAGUCAGAGCUUACACCUCACUUGUGCACCAACUCUCUUCACCUAAAUGUGGCACCUUCGGUUUGUUUAAAGGGCUCACUUUACUGUGAAGACUGUCUAAACAAGCCAGCAAGAAAUAGUAUAAUUGAUGCUGCUAAAAUAUGGCCAAAUAUACCACCUCCAAGUACUCAGCCUGUACCUCGAGCUAUCCCUCUGUGUAAUGGCUGUGGAACAAAAGGGAUGGAGAAGGAGACCUCGUUGUUGGCAACCAGUCUAGGCAAAGCUGCUUCAAAUUUUGGGUCACCAGAAGUUGCAGUCACUGGACAAGUGCUGGAGACCCUCCCCCCUAUUGGUGUUUUCUGGGAUAUUGAAAAUUGCUCAGUCCCCUCUGGCCGGUCAGCAACAACUGUUGUACAGAGAAUCCGUGAGAAGUUUUUUAGAGGACACAGAGAAGCAGAGUUUAUCUGUGUGUGCGACAUCAGUAAAGAAAACAAGGAAGUUAUUCAAGAGCUAAAUAAUUGCCAGGUAACCGUUGCUCACAUAAAUGCUACUGCAAAGAAUGCUGCUGAUGAUAAACUCCGUCAGAGCCUUCGAAGGUUUGCAAAUACGCACACUGCUCCAGCUACCGUGGUUCUUGUGUCAACUGAUGUCAAUUUUGCAUUGGAACUCAGUGACCUGAGGCAUAGGCAUGGUUUCCACAUCAUUUUGGUGCAUAAAAACCAAGCCUCUGAAGCCUUGCUGCAUCAUGCUAAUGAGCUGAUCAGAUUUGAAGAGUUCAUUUCCGAUUUACCUCCCAGGUUACCACCGAAGAUCCCUUGCCACACUCUGCUCUAUGUUUAUAACCUACCAGCAAAUAAAGACGGCAAGAGCAUCAGCAACAGGCUUAGGCGCCUGUCUGAUAACUGUGGUGGCAAAGUGCUGAGUAUCACAGGCUGCAGUGCAAUUCUCCGCUUCAUAAACCAAGACAGUGCAGAGCGCGCCCAGAAGCGAAUGGAAAAUGAAGAUGUCUUUGGUAACAGGAUCAUUGUGUCAUUUACUCCAAAACAUAGAGAAUUCCUUGAAACCAAGAGUUCAAAUGCAAUUGCUGAUAAAGCAAAGUCUCCAAAAAAAGUUAAGAACACAAAAUUAUGCCUCAUCAAAGACACAAGUGAACAGUCACCCAGUGCCAAAGCCAUGCCUGGAAAAGGGUUACAGGCACAUUCUGUAUCUGCUACAAAAACCACAAACAUUAAAAGUUUACAGGAGCUGUGCCGGAUGGAGUCAAAGACUGGCAGCAGAAACAGUGAGCAGCAGCAAGGCCAUGGGAGGUUGGCAGCAUUACCUAAUGGUGGCCUAAGCACUUCAGUGCCCACGCUGAAGAACACAGGCGUGACAGAGCCACUUUACAGAAACAGUCAGAAAAAAGAGAACCUCAGUUCCCGGAGUGUUUCCAGCUCUCCUGUAGAGAAGGAGAGAGAGGAGACUGUCUUCCAAGUGAGCUAUCCAUCUGCAUUCAGCAAACUGAUUGCCUCAAGGCAAGUCAGCCCUCUGCUCACCUCUCAGUCUUGGUCUCCGAGGAGUAUGUCUCCAAAUCUUUUAAACAGAGCCUCGCCACUUGCUUUCAGUGUUGCCAAUCCCAGCAUCGGUGCUGACUGCCCAGACCCAUUUGCAAAUGGUGUUGACAUCCAGGUCAGCAAUGUGGAUUACAGGCUGUCCCGGAAGGAGCUGCAGCAGCUCCUCCAGGAGGCCUUUUCCAGGCAUGGCCAGGUCAAGAGUGUUGAGCUCAGUCCCCAUACCGAUUACCAGCUCAAGGCCAUUGUGCAGAUGGGAAACCUGCAAGAAGCAAUCUGUGCAGUGAACAGCCUCCAUAGGCAUAAAAUUGGCAGCAAGAAGAUUCUGGUCUCACUGUCCACAGGAGCUGCCAACAAGUCACUCUCUUUACUAAGUGCAGAAACAAUGUCUGUUCUUCAGGAUGCACCUGCCUGUUGUUUGCCUCUCUUUAAAUUUAUAGACAUCUAUGAAAAGAAGUAUGGACACAAGUUAAAUGUGUCUGAUUUAUAUAAAUUAACAGACACGAUUGCAAUCCGUGAACAGGGAAACGGGCGGCUGGUGUGCCUUUUACCCAGCAGCCAGGCCCGCCAGAGCCCCCUGGGCUCUUCCCAGUCACAUGAUGGCUCCUCCACUAACUGCAGCCCAGUUCUGUUUGAAGAGUUGGAGUAUCAUGAACCUGUCUGCAGGCAGCACUGCUCUAACAAGGACUUCAGUGAACACGAAUUUGAUCCAGACUCCUACAAGAUCCCUUUUGUGGUCCUCUCUUUGAAAGUGUUUGCACCUCAAGUUCAUAGUCUUCUCCAGACCCAUGAGGGCACCGUGCCUUUGUUAAGCUUUCCAGAUUGCUAUGCUGCAGAGUUUGGUGAUCUAGAAAUCAUGCAAGGAAGCCCCAGGGGUGUCCCUUUAGAGCAUUUCAUCACCUGCAUUCCAGGAGUGAACAUCGCUACUGCUCAGAAUGGUGUCAAAGUAGUGAAGUGGAUUCAUAACAAGCCCCCACCUCCCAACACUGACCCUUGGCUUCUACGUUCUAAAAGUCCUGUGGGUAAUCCCCAGCUGAUCCAGUUCAGCAGAGAAGUCAUUGAUUUACUGAAGAAUCAGCCGUCUUGUAUACUACCAAUUAGCAAUUUCAUCCCUUCAUACCAUCACCAUUUUGCAAAGCAGUGCCGGGUUUCAGAUUAUGGAUAUUCCAAGCUGAUUGAGCUACUAGAAGCAGUGCCUCAUGUGUUACAGAUUCUUGGAAUGGGCUCCAAGCGUUUGCUGACCCUUACUCAUAGGGCGCAGGUGAAGCGCUUUACUCAGGAUUUACUAAAACUUCUCAAGUCCCAGGCCAGCAAGCAGGUCAUUGUGAGAGAGUUCUCACAGGCAUAUCAUUGGUGUUUCUCAAAGGACUGGGAUGUCACAGAAUAUGGUGUUUGUGAGUUGACUGAUAUCAUAUCAGAGAUCCCAGAUACAACCAUCUGCUUGUCCCAACAAGAUGACGACAUGGUCGUUUGUAUCCGCAAAAGAGAACGAACUCAGGAUGAGAUAGAAAGGACAAAGCAGUUCUCCAAGGAUGUUGUGGACUUGCUGCGCCACCAGCCGCACUUCCGGAUGCCAUUUAACAAGUUCAUUCCCUCUUACCAUCACCACUUUGGCCGGCAGUGCAAACUUGCAUACUAUGGAUUUACCAAGUUGCUUGAACUUUUGGAAGCCAUACCUGAGAUUUUACAAGUGUUGGAAUGUGGAGAAGAGAAAAUCCUGACUUUGACCGAAGUGGAGCGAUUCAAAGCUCUAGCUGCCCAGUUUGUUAAGCUUCUGCGGUCCCAAAAAGAUAACUGUCUUAUGAUGACAGAUUUGCUCACAGAAUAUGCUAAAACUUUUGGUUAUACAUUUCGCCUCCAAGACUACGAUGUCACCUCAGUCUCUGCUUUGACACAAAAGCUCUGUCAUGUUGUAAAGGUUGCUGACCUGGAGUCUGGCAAACAGAUCCAGCUGAUCAACAGGAAGUCUCUGCGGUCUCUCACUGCCCAGUUGCUGGUGUUAUUGAUGUCUUGGGAAGGAGAUGCCUAUCUUUCUGUUGAUGAGCUCAGGAGACAUUACGAAACCACCCACAGUACUCCUCUCAACCCCUGUGAAUAUGGGUUCAUGACCUUGACUGAGCUACUGAAGAGUCUGCCUUACUUAGUGGAGAUAUUUACAAACGAUAAGGCAGAAGACUGUGUGAAGCUCACAAGCCUAUACUUGUUUGCAAAGAAUGUGCGGUCUUUGCUUCACACCUAUCACUACCAGCAGAUUUUCCUUCAUGAAUUUUCCAUGGCCUAUACCAAAUAUGUUGGAGAAACACUGCAGCCCAAAACAUAUGGCUACAGUAGUGUGGAGGAGCUAUUGGGAGCCAUCCCACAGGUGGUCUGGAUAAAAGGACAUGGUCAUAAGAGAAUUGUAGUGUUAAAAAAUGACAUGAAAAACCGGCUAAGCUCCCUUGAUAUUUUCCCUGUCAAUCAUGAAGAGCAACCUGCAGUCAGCAGACAGAUCCUGGAGGUGCCGGAAUCCCCUAUAGCAUCAGAACUCCAGCUCAGAACAGAGCCCAGCCAAAUGGAGCAGGAGCUCCUGCACUUGGCCAACAGCUCCCCUGUGGACCUCCUCUGUGCUCCUGUCCCUUCAUGCCUGCCAUCCCCUCAGCUAAGACCAGAUCCUGUCAUCCUGCAGCCCACUGAUCUCAUUCAGUUUGAGGAACGCCCUCAAGAGCCUCUGGGAAAUGUGUUUUUAAACCAAGAAGAAAAAACUGAAGUUCCAGUACCAGUGAAGAAGGGAGAGAUAAUGCCCUGUAACUCCUGCUCACCUUGCAGCCUAGCAUCUGCCCCUGCUCUUCCCAGCCCCUCCUUGGAAGCCCCCGAGCCACUGUUCAGCAAGGACACAGUGGAAAGCCCAGCCAAAAAGCAGCCCAAAAAUAGAGUCAAAUUGGCAGCCAACUUUUCUUUCGCACCUAUAACCAAGCUUUAACUCCCAUUUGAACACAGAAUUAAGUUAGGAUCAAGGGGGGGAAAACUGUCUGAUUCUACACACACAACUGGGCUUAAAAGCCUCAUUUUCUGUCUUGACCCCAGAAGCCACUUUUAUAGAUGGUCCACUGGGCAGUGUUCCUUUUGAACUUUCAGAUGAAAUUUUUCUUCCUUUAUUCUCCCCCCACCCCUGUUAUUGAAAGGCCUUUGUUAAGGAAUCCAUAAUAUAUUUACCAAAUGUUUCUAAAUUAUUAUGAAAUGCGGUUGGUGGGAGGGAGUAAGCAGUGAUUAUCACUCGGCAGGAAGUGGCUUACCUCCCAUUGAGCAACCUCUGUCUUUAAGCAAAUAGUGUUGUGGUUGUUGGAGAAGCCAAGCAUGUCCAUGAGCCUAUGGGUCACACACUGGGGGACGAGUUAGCAGCAGGAGAGCCAUUUUCAGGCUGAUACAGGAUGGUUCCUGGUUUCCAGGUGACUUAUUGGUGUGCCUUGUUUUUUUAUUUAACUGUGUCUGUGGUUGACCAAUGUGGCUUCAUCCCAAUUUUUUAAAUGUGUCCAUUUGGAGAUUCCAUUUAGAAGCUUUCUAGAAAGUUGUUUCAUGCUUCCCUUCUCCAUCCAUCCAAGUUUGCUAAGGAUCAGGUUAAGGAAAGGAGAUGGUCUCAGUGUCAUGCAUUUUAAGUCAGCAUUUGAAUGACGGCACACAUUGCUAUGUGUUGAGAGGUGGUGUUGGAAAGAGUCUGAUUUUUUUAAACUAUGCAUCAAAUGCAUAAAUUGUAAAUCAGCUGAGUGUCGAGGUGCUUCAAAAGGAGUGGGUUUGAUACUAUCUCCACUAGGAAGAGACUGGAGUUCUAUCUAUAAUGUGAAGGCCAAGGUUGAUCAGCUUAACCUUGUUGUUGUGAUUUUAAAGUUGCCUGUAAAGCUGGGAAGCUCUCCAUGUGAAGAUAGGUGUCCAUGUUAGUUCUUGUCGUCUUUUAAUAGCGUCUGGUUUUACUGUUACUUCUCGCUAUUGGAAGCACAUUUGGGUUUUUGUGUUUGUGUUUUGUUGUUGUUGUUGUUUUGUUUUGUUUUGUUUUGUUUUUUUGGUCAUUUUGUUUUGUUUUUUGUGGUGUCUGAUGUUGGCUGUUGGCAUUUGGGAAAAGCCAGCCUUUGUGGACACCGCCCUGUGGAAUGACCUUCUCUCUGGGUGCCUGAGGUGUCUGCUUAUGAGUGGCCUCUCACCCCUGCUAGAGAGACCUGACAUUUACAAUGGAUUGUAUUUGUUGGGCAAAAAAGGCAGAUCCAUUCAUAGAGCAGAAAGAACCUAUGGGCACACUGUCUUCCACUAGUUAGAUGGUUUCUUUGAUGGGAAAUGUUUAUAUUUUGUUUUUUUUCUAGAAAGCCAGAAAAUGGAUUCUGAUUUCAUAGCCAGCAUUUUGAUAAAAUGUCACAAAAUUAAAGGCUCUAGAGAGAUUUUUCUUACCAAUUGGGUUUUUAUUGUCAAAAUGAAGCCAGUGAUUCCUAGUUCUCAGCACAUGACAUGCCCGAGAAGGAAUUGCACUGGAAAUGCUCUGCAGGCUUACCACACUGCAAAGCUUGAAGGUACUUCCUGUGUAGGCCUGGCAGCACUUCCUCAAGACCUCAUGGCACUUCCUCUGCAGAUUUAGUACAUAGGAAGUGAAAUGGCCCAUGUGCAAUUUCUUUCAGACUUUUAAGCAACAUAAUAAAAUUAGUGUUGAGAAUGUGAGUUGCCUUUAUUCACAGACAUCCUAAGGAUAAGCUUGUCUGCUCAGACUUCAGGUUUGCAAAGGUAGAAGGGAUUAUGAAGUUUGAAAACACUGUGUGUCACUAAAGUCACUGGAACCAUCUCAAAGGUCAGUUUGUUCUGUGGGCAACAAAGAAUAGUUGUGUACAGUGAAUGGAUAUAUCUUUGCCAUUUGCUGGAGUUGCCCAUGUGUCUGGGAUGAGUGUAACUAACCAUUGCUGUUUAAAAAUGCAAAAACUCAAUGGAAACACAUUGAGUCUGUGAUGUGCCCACAGUGGCCAGUCUAGUCACUAUUUCUUUAUCCAGAGGUUUAGGUGAUGAUACUAUGAUGUAUGCACAUGGAGAUGAUGAGACACUCUUUCUGGGUGGGUGGAAAGAUGAACCAGAUUCGAUUUGUCUGUUAAAAAGAAAGAAGUUAUCACCAAAACCCCUUUCCCAUCCUUGCACUUUUUGCUUUUGAUCAGGCUUGGGGGACAAGAUGUUUUUCUUAACUGUCUACUUUGUUUGAAUGCCCGCUCCCCCUUGUGGUUCAAGUGCUGUUUGUGUGUUGGGACCAAACAGUUGUCAAUAAACUUUAUGAGCAAGCA